AUGCUUCCCUCUCAGUUAAACAGCUCGCCGAAGCGCGCCAGUCUCUUUGGGCGUCCAUCGCCCUCACAGACAUCUCAGUCACAAGGAACAAGACCUAAAUCGGCCAUCAUCACACCUUCUAAUGGAUUAGAAUCAGCAAGAGGUCACCUACGGAAUUCAUCUGUGUCACAACUGUCGCCAACGUUAUCUUCGGCUGGAAACCGGGAACGGUCAAACUCGGCGAAGAACAGUCCAUCCUCGGGAACAUUUGCCCCCAGCUUUAUCAAGUCUGAAGAGCUGCGUCGAGGUGCGGAUCAGAUUCGAGGGGUUGAAGGAGACAAUGACUUCUCGGGAAACAAAUAUGUCUGGCUGCGAGACAAUGAAAAGGCAUUCGUGCGGGGCCUGGUUUUAGAAGAGUUGGAAGGAGGCCGCAUGUUGGUACAAAGCGACGAUGGUGAUCAACGCGAGGUGGACGCGGACCAGGUCGACAAGGUCAACCCAGCCAAAUUCGAUAAAGCGGAUGAUAUGGCGGAACUCACUCAUUUGAACGAGGCCUCGGUGGUCCAUAAUCUCCAUACCAGAUAUCAAUCGGAUUUGAUCUAUACAUACUCCGGGCUUUUCCUCGUGACAAUCAAUCCGUACUGUCCACUGCCUAUUUACACCAAUGAAUACAUCAAGAUGUACAAGGGUCGUGGGAGAGAGGAAACCAGGCCCCACAUCUUUGCCAUGGCGGAUGAGGCUUUCCGGAAUCUCGUUGAGGAGGGCGAAAACCAAAGUAUUCUCGUCACAGGCGAGUCUGGUGCUGGUAAAACAGAGAACACCAAGAAGGUCAUCCAAUACCUCGCAGCUGUCGCGACUUCCGAUACACCUUAUGCGCGGUCCGGUGCGAAACAAAUUACCGGUCUUUCUCAACAAAUUCUACGAGCCAAUCCCAUUCUUGAAGCCUUUGGAAAUGCCCAAACUGUCAGAAACCACAACUCAUCUCGGUUUGGAAAGUUUAUUCGCAUUGAGUUCUCCAGAUCGGGUCAGAUUGCUGGCGCGUGGAUCGAUUGGUACCUACUCGAGAAAUCGCGAGUGGUGAAGCCGAACUCCAAUGAACGAAAUUACCACGUUUUCUAUCAGCUCCUACAGGGUGCUGACCGCAAUACCCGCGAGAAGCUUCUUCUCUCGGACCUUCAAAUUGAGGACUUUGCUUACACAAGAGACGGAAAUGACUCAAUUGUAGGGGUCUCUGAUCAAGAGGAAUGGAACUCACUGAUCGAAGCUUUCCAUGUGAUGAACUUCUCUGAAGACGAUCAGCUAUGUAUCCUGCGGACAAUCGCUGCUGUGUUGCAUUUGGGCAAUGUCAGUGUAGCCAAAGCGAGUGUUCGUGCAGACCAAGCAUCCUUAGCCCCCGAGGGCUACUCAAGCGUGGAAAAGGCCUGUCGACUUCUUGGUAUUGAGGCAGAACCCUUCGUUAAAGGCCUGCUUCAUCCACGGGUCAAGGCUGGCCGUGAAUGGGUUGAAAAGGUCCAAACCCCUGAUCAAGUUCGGAUGGCCCUGGACGCCUUGUCCAAGGGUAUCUAUGAGCGUGGAUUCGGGGACCUUGUCGCUCGAAUCAACAGUCAGCUUGGGCGCUCAAUGGCGAGUGACGAUAAUUACUUCAUUGGAGUCCUCGAUAUUGCUGGAUUUGAAAUCUUCGAUACGAACAGCUUCGAACAACUUUGCAUCAAUUACACGAACGAGAAACUCCAGCAAUUCUUCAACCACCACAUGUUUGUUCUAGAACAAGAGGAAUAUGCUAGGGAGCAAAUUGAGUGGCAAUUUAUCGACUUCGGAAAGGACCUGCAGCCGACAAUUGAUUUAAUCGAACGUACCAACCCCAUCGGUAUUUUCUCUUGUCUCGAUGAAGACUGUGUCAUGCCCAAAGCCACCGAUAAAUCGUUCACUGAGAAGCUUCAUGGUUUAUGGGAUCGGAAGACCCCGAAGUACCGUGCUUCUCGUCUAAACCAAGGCUUCAUUCUCACACAUUAUGCUGCUGAAGUUGAGUACUCGACAAGCGACUGGCUGGAAAAGAAUAAAGACCCACUCAACGACAAUAUCACUCGCCUCUUGGCUGCAUCCACUGAGCCACAUGUCGCGAACUUGUUCUCAGACUGCGCAGACUCAGAUGAAGAUGGUGGUAACCACCCAAGAAGCCGUGUGAAGAAAGGCCUAUUCCGGACAGUUGCUCAAAGGCACAAAGAGCAGCUUUCCAGUUUAAUGGCUCAGCUUCACUCUACGCACCCCCAUUUUGUUCGUUGCAUCUUGCCCAAUCACAAGAAACGACCAAAGAUGCUACACGCUCCUCUUGUACUCGACCAGCUACGAUGCAACGGUGUCUUGGAAGGUAUUCGUAUCGCACGUACUGGAUUUCCCAAUCGUUUGCACUUUGCGGAAUUCAGACAACGGUAUGAAGUUCUAUGCCAACACAUGCCCAAGGGAUACUUGGAAGGACAGAGUGCCGCCCGCAUCAUGCUGGAGAAACUUAGUAUGGAUCGAGCUUGGUACCGUGUUGGUCGAACAAAGGUGUUCUUCCGAGCUGGUGUUCUUGCAGACUUGGAAGAGAAGCGCGACCAGCUCAUCCGCACUAUCAUGUCACGUUUCCAGUCCCUCGCUCGAGGUUUCAUUCAGCGACGUAUUUCGAACAAGCGGCUCUAUCGUGCUGAAGCCACUCGUAUCAUUCAACAGAACUUCCAUGCCUAUCUGGAGUUAAAGGGAAGUCCUUGGUGGUGCAUGUUUUCCAGGAUGAAGCCCCUACUGGGUGACACGAGAAAUGCAAAGGAAGUCAAGAAGCGCGAUGACAAGAUCCAGGAACUAGAAGCCAAGAUGAAACAGGAUAUGGCGGGUCGACAGAAGCUGGACGAAGAGAGACGUCGUACCGAGCUUGAGAUUCAAAAGAUCCAGCAAACCUUGGAAAGUGAACGUGCCCUCGCACUGGACAAAGAGGAAAUCUUCAAGCGCCUUCAGAAUCGCGAAGGAGAACUCGCCGAAAAGCUCGCUGGUGCGAUCGCCGACCAGGAGAGUCUCGAGGAACAACUUGACGAAAUCGUUGAUGCAAAGAAGAAGACAGAUGAACAACUCCAACUUCGAAUAACCCAGCUGGAGCAAGCUGGGCUGAUCAUCCAGACCUUGGAGUCCGAGAAGAACAACCUGCAUUCUCGACUGGAGGAAUUGAACAACAAACUUUCCGAAACCGAGACCCUGUUUUCAGGAAAGGAUGAACAAAUCCAAGGCUUAGACCAGGAGAUCAAGAUGCUCCAAAGCCAUGUCAGCUUGAAAGACCGCAAACUUCAGGAUUUGGAAGCCAAGUUAUUGAAGACUGAUCAAGAUCUCGAGGUGAAGUUUGCAACCACCUCCAAAGAACUUGAAAAGUCUCAAAAGCAAGUUCGCGAUAUGUCAGAAGAGAAUCGGUCAAUUCGUGACCAGAUCGCCGAAUUAUCGACUACUUCGACCGGCUAUGAGGAUCUUCUCCGGCGCAAGGAAAGCGAAAUGGCCGUUCUCCGGAACGAUGUCAAGAAUCAUGAGGAAGAGAAGAAGAGCAUCGAACUCGAGAAGACCUCUCUAUCAACUCGCCACGACAAUAUGCAAGGCCGCCUUCGCGAAGUACAGGCGGAGAGAGAUGCCAUGCGCUCCGAAAAGACUCAACUACAGCGCGAAGCUGCGGACCUCAAGCGCCUUCUUGACGACAAACGAUCAGAAGAUGCGGAGGCCGGAGAGAGCAGAAAGCUGCUGGAGGAGCAGGUGCACGACCUCAAGAGUCAACUCUUCCAGGCUCAAGCUGAUCUCAGCCGGGAGCGUCAAUCACGAGACGACGUCCAGAUGCUCUCCGAGCACAAUCUUGCUCAGUUGACUCACAAAUAUGACGAACUCAACGAGUCCAAGAUUACCAUUGAGAAAGAGAUGUACAUUCAGCAAGACAGUUUGCGUCGGGCCACCGAGGCCAGAAUUGCGGCGGAGACGACACGAAAAGAACUACAGGGGGAGUUGAUCAAGCUUCGUGAACGAUUCACUGACGUCGAGACUGCCCGUAUGAAUGCCGAAGCCGAGAUUGAGCGUAAGAUCAUGAAACAGGCCGAAGAGCGUAUGACGAGUUCCCGCAAGGACCUUGAGGAGAAGGCACGCCAGCUCGAAGAAGUGGAAGCAGAAAGGUCCCAUCUUUCCGUCCAAAUUCAAGAGCUCAUGCAAACUAUCUCAGAAUCCGACAACUUCCGUCUCCGCCAUGACCAACACAAGGAACGUCUAGAGCGCGAACUCGUGACACUUCGGGGCAGACUGACCGCGUCUGAGAAUGAUAACAAAUCUCUGUUGACCAAGAUCCAGCAAAAGAACCUUGACAUCGCCCGAUCAAACUCAAAGGCCAGUGAUAGCAACAGACUCCGUUUGACAAAUCUGCAAAAGGAAAAGGCUAGGCUGGAUGAGGAAACCAAGAAGUUGACUCGCCAGCUGGAAGACUCUCAGGUUCAGAUCACAUCCAUGGAGAAGCAGAAAGAGAAGUUGUCGUUGAGUCUGGAGGAUCUAAAUCAUGAGGUCAACCGCGAACACAAGACCAGUCGCAACGCUGAAAAGGCUGCCUCUACGGCCAAUCUCCAGCUUGCCGAGGCCAAUCGUAAACUUGAGACAGAAAACCAGCUCCGCACUCAAGCCCAAGCCAAUACUCGUCAAACACAGGGCACGCUCGAUCGGGCGAAUAAGGAGAUUGAGGACUUGCACCGCCAACUGAUUCUCUUGCACAAGGUCUUCGAGCCUGAAGCUAGUGAGCCUACACAGUCUUGGGAGGCUGUUCAGCCACACCUGUCGAAACAAAUCGACUUGGCUCAGGUCCUUGAGACUGUUCAGACCAAUCUAGGUGUUACCGAAGAGAAGUACAUGAGAGCCGAAAGCCAGCUCGCUGAAAUGCGCCGACGCCAUGCGGAUGAGAUGAAGGACCUCGAUGCCAAAUACUCAUCCUCUAAGCGUGCCAUGCUCGAGGAGAUCGAUCAGAAUGAAGUAGCCAACAACCGUACCCCCGCUCACUUCAGAAAGAACUCUGAAAAUGCCCUGAAGAGGUUCUCCAAUCCCACCACACCCAACCGACGUUAUAACGUCAACGAAGCCGCGAAUGACUCUGCACGCUCCGAUCGUACCGUUGAUACACAGGGCUAUCAGAGACGAAUGGAUACGGCUGCUGAACUGGAGGAGCUUCAAAACAAGCUUCAGAUGACUGAAAUGCAGAACAAGCAUCUUCAGAGCCAGAUUGAACGCUCCACACCCGGUCGCGAUAUCUGGCAGGAUGAGAGUCCUUCGAUCCGUCGUAUGCAGCUCCUUGAGCGUGAGAACGGUCGUCUCCAUGACCAACUUGAUGACUCUUCCAAGAAGGUCUCCUCUUUGGAGCGCAGCAUUCGCUCCGGAGAGCUGUCUCUUCGUGACGUCCAGGCCAAAUCGCAUGAGGAACUAUACGAUCUCAUCAACUCACAGGAGCAAUCUCGCCGCUCGCUCCUGAAGGUCCACAAUGACACCAUGGCUGAGUUCGGUGAUGCUAAGUCUCAAUUCGAGAAGCUAAAGCGUGCUCGGGCGACAUUGGAAGUUGAACUUCGUGAUGCCCGGUCCGAGGCGCAAGAAUUACAGGUUGGUAGAGAUCAAGACGCUGUCAGCCGCAACCAGCUUCUUCAAGAGUUCUCGGAUCUUCAGAUUCGUCUAGAUGCCGAAUCCUCACGCUCUGCUGAUCUCGAGUCAAGCCUCAUGCUGUACAAGAGCCGCUCGGAUGAGUACUUCAACAAGCUUGAACAGGCCGAAAUCGCUGUCAUGAAGGCUUCGCGUGCCGAACAAUUUGCGAAGUCUCAAGGUCAGGAAGCUGAAGAGACAUGUGCCCAGAUCAUGUCUGAGCGCAAGGAAAUGGAUGCUCUCGUUGAGGACCUGCAGCGACAGACCCAGUCUCUCGAGGCUCGAAUGGAAGACCAGGCUGCCGAGCUUCAAGGAGCCCUGCAGGCUAAGCAGCGUCUCCAGAAUGAGCUUGAGGACUACAGAAACCAGCGAGCCAUCGAUCUUGAGGACAAGGAGACAUCGAUGGAACAGACCAGACAAAAGUACCAGCGAGAGUUCUCUACUCUUAACAACGAACUCGAAAUGGAGCGUGAGCGUGUUCUCAAUGGCCGUGCAGAGACUGCUCGUCUGCGCGAGGAGCUUGAAGACCUUCGCAGCAAAUGGGACAAUGAGGUCAUCAACAGUUCGACUUGGGCCAAGGAGAAGUCCCGCAUGGAUGUGGUCUUGCAGGAUGUUACCAACUCUCGCGACGAGGCGGUCAAUGCUCAUAACGAGGCCCAGAGCAAGGUUGUUUCCCUCUUGUCUCAAGUCCGCACGCUUCGGACUUCCGUUGAGGAUACUACUGCCGAGCGUGACUUGCUAUUGAAGGACAAGAAGAUGCUUGAAGGCCGUCUCGCAGAAGCCGGUGAGCGACUUGAGGAUCUCGCUAAGGGCGAAAGCCCAUCCAUGCGCAACGCUGCAAGCAUGGACCGCGAGUUGCUUGAGCUCAAGUCCAAAAUUGCCCAGCAGGAAGACGUUUCGGCUGCUGCAGUUGGCAAGAUGCGACGUGCUGAUGCUCUGGCCACUGAAAUGCAGAAGGAAGUGACUGCUGAGCGUGAGGCCAAUGCCCAGCUUUUCAAGGAGAAGGCGGCUCUCGAGAAGUCGCUGAAGGAGGCACAACUCCGUUGUGUCGAUCUGGAAACUAAGAGUUACUCCUCUGGUAGCCAGGAUGUUCGCUUUUUGCACAAGCGAAUCAAGGAGCUUGAAACCCACCUCGAUGAUCAGGAGAACAAGCAUAGUUCUGAGCAGCGCUCUCUCCGCAACGUCGAUCGCACUGUGAAAGACCUACAGUCUCAGAUCGAACGACGAGACAAGAUGAACACCCAGCUCAAUGACGAAAUCAACAGAAAUCGGGAUAAGAUCGAACGACUUCUCGGCAACAUUGAGGAGCUCCAACACAACGACUCAGACGCACAGCUACUGGCUCGUCGCGCUGAACGGGAGCUUCGCGAAGAGCGUGAGAAAGCUCUACGACUAGAGCGCGAGUUGGACAGUUGGAGAGCCAUGCGUGACCGAGGCGGCAGCAAUCUUGCCCGCAAGGUCACUUUCAGCGAAAACGACAGCCGUCGUGGUAGCGGUGUCUACACGUCUAGUGACAUUCCCCAAAGACAACCCAGUAACACAAAGGGGUUUUUGUGA